AUGGCUGGAGCUUUGAUCGGAGAGGCCUUUAUCUCUGCUUCCAUCCAGGUGUUCUGUGACAGACUUACUUCACGGGAGUUCAUUGACUUAUUUCGGCAGAAGAAACUGGAUCAACCUCUCCUCAUGAAACUGAAGGUGACACUGUUGACCUUGAACGCAGUGCUCAAUGAUGCAGAGGAGAAGCAAAUAGAGAACCCGGCUGUGAGAGAGUGGCUUGACGAGCUCAAGCAUGCUGUCUUUGAUGCAGAGGACUUACUGGAUGAGAUCAACUAUGAAGAUUUGCGAUGCAAGCGCGAAGGUGAAGGUCAAAUCGACAAUUUAACCAUUAAGGUGUGGAACUUCCUCUCUUCUUCUCAUAAUCAUUUUUAUCAGAGCAUGAAUGUUAAGAUACAAGAGUUGUUACAAAGAUUCGAAGACUUUGUACAACUGAAAAGUACUCUUGGUCUGAGAGAAGAUGUUGGGAGGAAGGUUUCACAAAAAACUCCAACAACUUCCUUGGUUCAUGAACCUUGUGUUUAUGGUAGAGAUGAAGUCAAAGAAAAUUUAUCAAAAUUGUUGUUAUCUGAUGACGCAAGUAAGGAUGAUGUGUCUGUGAUUACCAUUGUUGGAAUGGGUGGGGUUGGCAAGACAACCCUUGCUCGAAUGCUUUACAAUGACCAUAAGGUGGAAGAAUAUUUUACACUUAAAGCUUGGGCUUGUGUUUCAGAAGACUAUGAUGCUAUUAGGGUAACUAAAACUCUUCUUGAGUCAGUCACCUUAAAGCCUUGUAAAAUGACAGAUCUGAAUUUGCUUCAAAUUCAACUAAGAGAACAACUUAAGGGAAGAAAAUUUUUAUUUGUGUUGGAUGACAUUUGGAAUGAGAAAUAUACUGAUUGGAAGUGCCUCCAAACUCCUUUUACUUCAGGGACAAGGGGAAGUAAACUCAUUGUAACAACACGUAACAAAAAUGUAGCAUCUGUCAUGCAAAAUGUUCCUAUUCAAUACUUGGAACCAUUGUCGAAUGAAGACUGUUGGUUGUUACUUGCAAAACAUGCAUUUGGAAAUGAAAUCUCUAGUGCAGAUCCAAGCUUGGAAGAAAUUGGCAGGCAAAUUGCACGCAAGUGCAAUGGGUUGCCUUUAGCUGCACAAACACUUGGCGGUGUGUUACGUUGCAAGAUAGAGUCUGAGGUAUGGAAUAGAGUAUUGAACAACAACAUUUGGGAGUUACCUUACGAGAAAAGUGAUAUUCUUCCAGCUCUAGGAUUGAGUUACCAUUAUCUUCCAACUAAGUUAAAACGAUGCUUUGUUUAUUGUUCAAUUUUUCCAAAGGACUAUAGUUUCAAGAUAGAAGAUGUAGUUUUUCUCUGGAUGGGAGAAGGUUUAAUUCCUCAAGCUGAGAAUGGCGAAAGAAUGGAAGAGGUGGCUAAGGAAUAUUUUGAUGAACUAUUAUCCCGAUCACUAUUUCAAAAGUCAUGGAAAUCAAGUUUCACCAUGCAUGAUCUCAUCAAUGACUUGGCUGUGUUCAUGUCUAAGGGAGUUUCUUACAGGUUGGAAGGGAGGGAAUCACAUGAAUUAGAAAGAGUUCGCUAUUUGUCAUAUGUUAGGGGAGAAUUUGAUAUCGCUCUUAAAUUUGAGCAAAUAAAUGGGGCUAAGUGUUUGCGGACCUUCCUACCUACCUCUUUAAACCCUUAUCGAUUUUAUAAUCCGUAUUAUGUAAGGAAAAAAGUUCUACAAGAUUUGGUGCCAUCACUCAAAUGCUUACGAGUAUUAUCAUUGUCACAAUAUCAAAAUGUCACUGAGUUACCUGAUACUAUUGAAAAUCUCAUUCACUUGCACUAUUUGGAUCUUUCCCAUACUGCAAUUCGAAGGUUACCUGGUGUACUUUGCAAUCUCUACAAUUUACAGACAUUACUAUUGUCAGAUUGUUCAUUUCUCGUUGAAUUGCCCGCAGACAUGAGAAAAUUGAUAAACUUACAGAAAUUAAUGUUGGCAGGUUGCAAGUCUCUCACUAAAUUGCCCGUAGACAUGAGGGAAUUGAGUAAUUUACAUCAUCUUGAUGUCAAUGGAACUAAAAUUGCAGAGAUGCCAGUGGAAAUGGGCAGACUAAAAAGUUUGAGAACAUUGACUGCUUUUGUUGUGGGCAAAUCUAAUGGGUCAGGCAUCGGAGAAUUGAGGGAGUUGAAGCAUCUUGGAGGAAAACUUUCAAUUCUGAAGCUGCAAAAUGUAGUUGAUGCUAGGGAUGCCAUGCAAGCCAAUUUGAAGCAUAAGAAAGAUCUCAAGGAUUUAGAGUUGGCAUGGGGUGCAGAGGACGUAGAUGAUUCUCAGAAGGAGAAAGAUGUACUUGACAAGCUCCAGCCUUGCGUGAAUUUGGAGCAACUAACCAUCAAAUUCUAUGGUGGAACCAACUUCCCGAAUUGGUUAGGGGACUCGUCCUUCUCGAACAUACAAGUCAUGCAUCUCAGUGAUUGCAGUUAUUGUUGGUCGAUGCCACCAGUUGGGGAGUUGCCCGCUCUUAAAGAGCUCUGUAUAAAAAGGAUGAAAUUUGUUGAGAGGAUUGGUGUUGAGUUCUAUGGAAGAAAUGGGGCUUCUCUUAUUCAGCCAUUUCAAUCACUGGAGAAGCUGGAGUUUGAGGAGAUGCCAGAUUGGGAGGAAUGGAUUCCAAGUGGAAGUGGAGAUCAAUAUCGUCCAGACUUUCCUUGUCUUAUGGAGCUGAUUCUAAAAAAGUGUCCGAAGCUGAGAGGAAACUUGCCUUGUCAUAUGCCUUACUUGGAGAAGCUUAGCGUGUCUGGAUGUGGGGUUUUACAUGAUCAAAGGGCCACUACUACUACCAUUAGUAGCCUUAACAUAAGAUGGAUGCCAAGCAAGUCUAUUAUUAGUUAUAGAGAGACAAGGUUCCUGUCCGAACUUGACAUUCGAAAUUUUGUUGACAUACAAUGCUUGCCCAACAUCAAUCGUCUUCAAUAUUUGGCUCUUCAUGAUUGUCCAACCCUGUCGUCGUUCCCAAAAGAUGGCCUGCCCACUACGCUGACAGCACUUCAUAUAUACGGUUGUAGGAGAUUAGAAUUCCUACCUCAUGAGAUGUUGGCCAAACUGACAUCGCUCGAGAGACUGGGCAUACUAGAGAGCUGUGAUUCAAUGAGGACUUUCCCUUUGGGUAUUUUUCCCAAACUCUGGUAUCUUAGUUUUCGGAAGUGUGAGAAUCUGGAAUCCUUUUCGAUUGAAGAAGGAGUUGAUAAGAAUCUCAGUGACUUGUAUAUCUCAGACUGUCCAAAUCUGGUGUGUUUUCCCCAGGGAGGAUUGCCGGCUCCCAACUUGAAUCACUUUAUGAUCAAUGGAUGCGACAAUUUGAAGUCAUUGCCUGAACGCAUUCACACCCUCACAGCCCUUCGAGGUUUGGUUAUACAUGAUCUUCCAAAUCUUGUGUCAUUUGCGGAAUGUGGCUUGCCUCCCAACCUCCGAGAUUUUAGCAUUGAUAAUUGUUGUGAGAGACUGAGGCCUUCAUCAGUGGGAGAGUACUGGGGUUUGCAAGGACUUUUCUCCCUUGAAGAAUUUUCAAUUGGUGGCAGGGGAAGUGAUGAUAUCUUGGAGAGGUUGUUCAAGGAACAGCUGCUCCCUCCCAAUCUUCACACUCUCCACAUCAAUAGACUCUCAAGUCUGAAAUCUUUGGACAGAAACGGACUUGGACACCUCACUUCUCUUCAACAACUACAUAUUAGUGGGUGUGACAGUCUCGAAUUCCUCCCUCGUCUUCGACACCUCACUUGUCUUCAACAACUUCAUAUUUAUAGCUGUCCAAGUCUCGAAUUCCAGCCAGAAGAGGGUUUGCCACCAUCUCUUUCUUUACUGAGCAUCUCCGAUUGUUCUGCCCUAGAGAAAAGGUAUGAGAAUAAGACAGGACAAGAUUGGGCCAACAUAUCUCACAUUCCUUGCAUCGACAUAACUGGCUAUAUGAUAUGA